AAAUCUCUAAAACCAUCUAGCUUAACAAAUCAUAUUAGAUUUCCUAGGUUCCCUAGCUCCCUGUGAAUUCGAUCCCUAAGUACUGCAACUCGACCUUUUAUUUGAGAGAGUAUAAAUUACUCCUUAGGGUAAUUUGAGUGGUAUCAAGCAGAAGAGGAAUCAAUAAAUCAUUUAUUUUUGAAUGUCCCCCGGUUGUCCAGGUAUGGGCUCUCUCAAAAAUCCCAUCGAAAAUCUAGCUUGUUUUACUACUAAAUCAAUUUUUCCAAAUAUGGAUCAUUUGUUUUGCAGGUUUCACCGCAAGUGGAUAAUUAUCAAUUUGCAUAUAUUUUAUGUACCAGAAAAGGACGAAACAACAUGGUUUUCACCAACAUCGAUACCAACCCUAGAGAUACUCUCCAAUUGGCAGAAACUAUAUCAACACUUUGGAUUGAGGCACACACAUCACUAACACAACGGGUCACCCAAACUAGAGAGGUGGAGUCAGAAACUUUACAUCACAUACCGGGGCCAUGGUUUUUACAGAUGGGUCGUGGAAUGAUUAGGACAAUUACUCGUGAAAAGGUUGGUAUAGUACAUCGGAAGGCUUUUAUGGGCUGAUGGGUGCAAGGAACAUGAGAGCCCGCCUUUCACCCCAUCAUUCGGAAUUAGAAGCCUCGUCUGGGCAAUGAAAAGCAUGAGGAACUUAAGACAGUUUCCUCGACUAGUGAAGAUGGUUUCGUAACCAGAAGAAUAGAUUGCCUUUGAUACUUAUUUGGAAGAUAUUCAGCUUCUCAAGGAGAAUUUCAAUCACUCAGAGUUCACACAUGUACCCUGGAUGCAGAAUUGAAGGACAGACAGUCUGGCACGAAAGGAAACAACCGUAUUUCGUCAAUUAACAGAGUUACCAAUUUGGUCAGCAGAAUCUUAUUUUUUGAGUUUGUCUAUGUUGAUAAGAAAAAAAAGACAUCACUUGUUAAGUUUUACUAAAUCUUAUCUUCAUGUGAGAACAAAGAAUCAGAUUACUACUUUUCUUAACCCCAAACUUGAUUCUUCGCUGAUUCUUGAUCUCCUUCUCCUCCCCAAACUCGUCCACUCUUACACGUUAAAGAUACCUUGAUAAUUGACUAUGGACUAUUGCUUUCUUUGUUUUAAAUUUGUUUCUAUGGCAUUUUCAGCCAAACAUCUAAUCCCAAAUUAGAAGAGACACAUACUUUUCUUUUUACUCUGUAAAAAAAUGGAAAGCAAAGAGCAAGAACUUCAAUCCCCACUCAGUAUGUGCGAACGAUUCUAUGAUUUAUUGGUGAAGUUAUUAGCCACGCAGGCUUUUAAGAAAGUAACUCUUGGCUAUCCAUUAAUACUUGGUGCAAUCGAACGACCGGAGAAAAAUUCUGAUAUUGGCUCUAACAUCAUCUGUGGUGUUGAAAACAUCAUGAAGAAAAAUGAAAUGUUAUCACUCAACGGAGAACAACUAGAGUUACGUCAACCAAAAGAAAAGGCUCCAAAAAAAAUUGUAAGUAUAAAGGAAGAAGUCGAUGAGAUACGAAUAAGUUCAAGGAGAAUUAAGAAGAAGACAUCCAAAGGAAGUUUUGAAUCCUUCCAGCAUGAGGUUAUGUCUCUAAAACCAUUGAAAUCAAUUCUGAGGAAGGAUUCAGAAGGGAAAAACAACAUAUGACCACAUAUUACUGGAUUUGUAGUACGAAAUAUCUGUUAACGUAACGUAGAAAUAAAUAUGAGUCGUGAGUAUGACUGAUAUGUAAAAGAAAGUACCGGGAAUGACACUGUGUAUUAUAAUAUAUUUAUAGUCAUACACUAUGCCUUUUUAUAGAGAAACCAGCAGCAAUAACUUUUAAACAAUUUUACAAAUAAAUGUAUAAACAUAUGAGUUAUUCUUGGGUUCACUCCCUAUGGUAGGUUCACCAACC